CUCGUUGCAAUUGUUCCUCGAGUACGGUAUAUAAUGAAAAACCUAUUACUAAUUGGUCAUAUAUUCUCCCCACUGCUAUAAAGAGUGCAGGUUUCGGGUUCUGCAAUACGCCACCCAUUCCCCCCGUCGUUAUCUCAAAAUCGACAAAAUGGCCUCCACACGCAGACUUUCCUCUAACCCUUGAGAUGACUUCGUCAAAACAGCCUGCCUCUCGUCGAGGCUCAGAACGAAGGCCUGCCGAUAGGCGUGGAUCAGGAUACUCAUCUGGUGCAUCCAGACGCCCAUCUAUCGACCCAUCGAGGCUGAUUCCGAUGGAUAAAACUACGCAUGUCGGCGGCACCAAUGAUUUCAAUGUCGUCUUCAUCGGUGCAGGAAAUAUCAUGUUUGGAUCCGACGAGGGACCCUGGAACCACUCUUUCCGCUUCGAGCAUAAGCUCGGUCUGCGUCUCAAAGUAGUCGCCCUCAUCGAUCCCGCGAUCGAGCGUGCAACUGCCGUACUCCAAAAGAAAUGCGACUCCUUCGUCCUUUCCGCGUAUCAGGCAACGCGUGUGUUCAAGACCCUCGAGGACUUUGUUAAGAAUAUGUCCGCCAAGGACCGUCCUCGUGCGAUUGUCGUCGGUUCUCCUCCGAUGUUCCGCGGAACCCUUCAGCCGGGUCGCGACAUUGAGAUGCAAAUUCUGAAGUACUUCCCUGGCGUGGCCAUUUUCAUGGAGAAGCCCAUAGCGACUGGUCCAAAGCACGAGCUGGAGGAGUCUUUCCAGAUCGCAAAGGCCAUCUCCGACUCUAAGGCCAUCUGUUCUGUCGGGUACAUGCUAAGGUACCUGAAAGCCGUUCAGAAGAUGAAGCAGAUCAUCGAGGAGAACGAACUUACCGUAAUGGUCACAAUUGCUCGUUAUGCAUGUGCUUACGAGUCAAUCGCGAAACCUGACUGGUGGGAUAAAUCUAAGAGUGCUGGUCCCGUCAUCGAGCAAGGAACCCAUUUCUGCGAUCUCUCGCGGUACUUUGGUGGGGAAGUCGACAUAGCCUCCGUUACCGCUCAUUCCCUUGAUUGGGACGAGAAUGCUGGCCAUCUCUCGAAGGUGCGCAUUGAUGAAAGCAAGAUUGCCCCGGAGAACAGGAUUCCCCGUGUUACUGCAGCCACUUGGAAAUAUGAUUCCGGUGCGGUUGGCAGUUUCAUUCACACCGCGACCCUCCAAGGGCACAACUACAGCUGUGAGCUCGAGGUCCAUGCCGAUGGCUACUCCCUUAAGCUCGUCAACCCAUACGUUCAACCUAUGUUGUAUGUCCGCAGGCCCGGCGACGACCACGAACAAAUGUACACUUUCCCCGAUGACGACCCAUUCUUCUCCGAGGUAUCCAACUGGAUCGACAUCAUCGAGGACAUCGAAGAGGACCCUGAGGCUGCUCAAAUCCUGAGCUCCUACGAAGGUGCGUUUUUAGGUAGGCUGGUCACUCAUUCACGAUUUGACGUUAUUCGUUGCAGACGCAUGCAGGACCUACGAGCUUACGUGGGCCAUCCGCGAGGCUAGCGAGCGUUCUCGCGCUGCUAGACUUGCCGCGAGCAAUGUUGCUACCACUGUGUUUGAGGAGGAAGGUGAGGCUGAAUAAGAUGGCCACAUACCUGAGCUGGAAAUCUUGGGGCGAAGAUAUCGUUCGGACUCUUUGUAAAAUAGUAUAGAUGGUGGCGUGCACAACCUACAUAAUGUCUUCU